AUGCCAAAAGGCAUUUCCUCUCCUCACUCUUUUUUUGUAUUUUUCUUUUUUUAUAGAAGGGUUAGUGUGUGUGUGUGGAAUGAGAGGGAAGUUAAGAAGAAUGGAGUGGGGAAACACUCCAACUGUCUAGCUGUCGGGUGUGACUGGCAGAAAGGCGAAAUUGGGGCCGCACCACACAGACGACCCAGCACAAUGAGAGAGAGUUUUAAAUUCUUUUUCUCUGCCCUCAAUGCACCUCCUUGUCUGACACUAGUCCGGCGCAGUACUCGGCAACGAUCUAGCCCCACGGGGUUGCCCAGCAAAAUUUUCUUUUAUAUUAAUGCUGCAUUUUAA